CCCCCAUUCAAUAAUAGCAGCAGUAACGCCAUUUUGCAAGGCAUGAAAUUUUACCAGCACAAAGGACAGGGAAGAUUAGUUAAAGUUCAGUUCAGAGAAACAAGGGCAAUGAGGGGCCAAGCAGGAUAUCUGUGGUCAGACACCCGGCCAUGAGCAAGGGAGCAGAAACAGCUUGUACCCUAGAUAAACGAAGUUAACUUACAUAUCUGAUUUCUUGGAAACCCCCUGAAAAGUACCCAGCUGUCCCUAUUUUUAACCCGAGCCUUAUUUAGAUUGUCCAAUCAGAACCCUGUAACUACGCUUCUCGCUUCUGUACCCGCGCUUUUGCUCCCCGACCCUAUAAAAACCCACUGCUCCAGCCUAAAGGCGCGCCAGUCCUCCGAGAGACUAGGUCGCCCCAGGUACCUGUGUAUCAGAAUAAAGCCUCUUGCUGUUUGCAUCCGAAGAGUGUUCUCGCUGUUCCUUGGGGGGGGGUCUCCCUAGAUUGAAAGAUAGCCCACCCGUGGGGUCUUUCAUUUGGGGGCUCGUCCGGGAUUUGGAGACCCCUGCCCAGGGACCACCGACUCACCACCGGGAGGUAAGCUGGCCAGCGAUCGCUUUGUGUGACUGUCUGUACCAUGUUUUUAUGUUUGCGCCUGCGUCCGAACUAGUUAGCUAACUAGAUCUGUAUCUGGCGGACCCGCGGAGGAACUGACGAGUUCGUACUCCCGACCGCAGCCCUGGGAGACGUCCCGGGGGCAUCUGGGGUCCAAUUCGGGACCCGUCUGUUUUCUGUGAACCCUACCCGGAUCGGACUGUUUGGAGCUCCUCCGCAGUCAGAAGGGUAUGUGGUUCUUCUGGGAGUAGAGAGAUCCGGACUCUCGCUAUCUCCAACUCAGACUUUGCUUUCGGUUUUACGCCGAAGCCGCGCUGCGCGAUUUUGGUGUUUUGUCAUUGGUCUUUUUGUUCCUUUGUCUGGUAUUGUCUGUGUCUGUGUUUGAAAAUAUGGGACAGUCCUUAACUAUCCCUUUGAGUCUGACUUUACAGCACUGGAGGGACGUCCAGGACUUUGCGAACAACCAGUCCGUGGAAGUCCGGAAGAGGCGUUGGGUUACUUUCUGUUCAUCUGAAUGGCCCACAUUUAAUGUGGGCUGGCCAAGGGAUGGUACAUUCGACCUUAAUAUUAUCUCGCAGGUCAAAAGCAAAAUGAUGGACCCCGGCCCUCAUGGGCACCCAGACCAGGUGGCCUAUAUCGUGACCUGGGAGGCAAUGGCUUACGAUCCACCACCCUGGGCUAAGCCUUUUGUCCCUCCCAAACCCCUACUUCCUCCAUCUGCUCCCACCUUACCCCCUCCAGUCUCCUCCUCUCCAGCAGGACCCCCAAUCCGCUCGUCUCUAUAUCCAACCCUUACUGACCCUUCAAAAACCAAACCUCCCCCUCCGCAGGUCCUGCCCGCAGGAGAUGACUUGCUAAUAGACCUCCUCACGGAGGACCCCCCUCCCUACCGAGAACAGGCCCUCCCGCCUCAGGGACCUGUCGCGCCACCUCCUGCUGCCCCAUCCCCCAUGGCAGCCCGCUUGAGGGGACGGCGAGACCAACAGUUGGUCGCGGAUUCCACUUCCUCUCAGGCAUUCCCUCUUCGGACCGGAGGAAAUGGCCAACUACAGUACUGGCCAUUUUCCUCCUCCGACUUGUAUAACUGGAAAAAUAACAAUCCCUCUUUUUCUGAAGACCCAAUUAGGCUAACUUCUCUAAUUGAGUCGGUCCUAAUUACUCAUCAGCCCACCUGGGAUGAUUGCCAGCAAUUACUGCAGGCCUUGCUGACUUCGGAGGAGAAGCAGAGAGUCCUCCUGGAGGCUCGAAAGGCGGUUCGGGGAGCAGACGGACGUCCCACCCAGCUGCCUAAUGAGAUAGACGCCGCCUUUCCCCUCGAACGUCCCAAUUGGGACUUCACCACACAGGAAGGUAGGAAUCACCUAAUCCUCUAUCGCCAGUUGCUCAUAGCGGGUCUCCAUGGGGCGGGCCGACGCCCCACCAAUUUGGCGAAAGUUAAACAGGUACUGCAGGGACCGGGAGAAACUCCCUCAGCGUUCUUAGAGCAGCUCAAAGAAGCCUAUCGUAGAUACACCCCUUAUGACCCAGAAGAUCCAGGGCAAGAAACUAGCGUAGCUAUGUCUUUCAUUUGGCAAUCUGCUCCAGAUAUCAAACGCAGACUCGAGCGCCUAGAAAACUUAAGGGAGAGUUCGCUCAGGGACCGUCUUAGAAAGGAGGCAGAGGAAAGAGAGGACCGUCGCAGAAAAAAAGCUGAGGAAAAGGAAAAAGGAGAGGGACCGUAAG